AUGGUUUUCAAAUAUAAUUUUUUUAGCAAGUUUUAACGCUAUAAAUUUUCCUCUAUUAUAAGUAGAGAUUGAAGAUAACUAGUUUUUUUUGGGAAGAACAUCUGCUUAAGGUAAUGAUGAACGUCCUGCGAUCUAUGUUUGGCGUCUGCAGCAGCUCGGCUGAGAAGGGCGAGGUCCAUGAUACAAUUCGCAGAGUUUUUGGCAACGAUAUGGUUAUGAAAGAAAACACUGAUCGACAUGUUCAGAGAAGUAAAUACGUAAGCCAUGUCCGAGACAAUCUCUCUAAAAUGCUUGACACUAAAGUCUUGAGUCACAAAUCGAAAUCUGCCAAGAAAAAUGCUCCAAUAGUUAUAGAAACAAAGGAAGUAGCAGAUGAAAGACACGGUCGUGUUGGUCCCAAAAUCGUAGUCUUCGAUGCGUCUACAGGCACCGGUCGAUUGGUGCUAGUAGGAGACGAGAGAGUUAGCGUCCAGGGUUUGUCCAGUUUCGCAACGAUACGCGCAACGGCAUGCGUUUACGCCGGGAAGUGGAUGUACGAAGUGCAACUUGGAACUAAAGGAAUUAUGCAGGUUGGUUGGUGCACGGCCUCCUGCAUGUUUUCCAUGGAUACGGGAGUGGGCGAUACGGCCCACUCAUACGGGUACGAUGGUGGCAGGGUGAGGAAGUGGAACGUGGCCACGUCACCAUACGGACAACCGUGGGACUACCUGGUGUAG